AUGGCCAAAUACUCGAUCCACAAGCUCGCCAAAGUCGGAUCCCUUAGCCCCCGAACAGUUACGUCCCUGACAGCCGAACUAUCGCAAAUGACGAUUGAAACCGACGCAAGGCGGAUAGUACAAGACAAUAUCAGAAGAUUAAAAGACAUUGGGUCAUAUCGCGGUCGACGGCAUGCCAUGGGCCUGCCGAAUAAUUUGUAUGACUAUGGGAAGAACGUUGCGACCAACGAUCCAAGCGGCAUCACGGCCACUGACGCCGACCCUCGACAAGGCAGCAAUCAGGUCAGGAUACUUGGUAACGUCUUGAAAUGCCUUGGGCACAGAGUCGAUGCCACCAAAGUUGAGAAAUGCUAUCCUUGA